AAACUAAAAAACAAAAAAAAAAUAUGCUAUUACCGCCAAUUUGCUCUCGAACAAUCACGUAUACGUUUUGGAACCACUGAAUUCUGGACCGUUAUCGGUUACCCUGUUGCCUGUUUCCAUUAAUUUCUCGGCCUAUCAUUGAUGAUAAGCAUAAGCAGACCAUUCAUUUUUUGGGAUUAGUCUGCACACUGCUUGAGUACGUGAUAACUGCACCGCGUCUUCGCGUUUAAAUAAAAAUAUAUUUUUUUUUUUUUAGUUUUAACGUAAAUGAUUGUUUUUUUUUAAUCUUGACGAUUUGAAUACUCAAAGCCCUUGUUAAUGUGAAUUAUUUUGAACGUUUUUAACAAAAGUACAAUUAUUACUUUUUCAUCGCUGUUUCUCAACCAUCAAAUGAUAUUGUUUUGUGAUUUGACUUUUAGCUGACUUGACUAAUGGAAAAUCAAAAUAAAGUAAAACCCACAACUAGUGCUCUAAUAGCUGCCAGAAAAAAGGAAUUUCUGGAAACAAAUAGUAUGAAAGGUCUCCAAUUGUAUGACCAUGUGCAAGAUGAUUUUAAAAAUGCCAGAAGUUUUAUUGAUAAAUCAAUUAAAAGUACUGGAAUUAUCUAUGAUGAUCAGUUUUCUAACCACUUGUGUGCUUGGGAUAUGAAGUAUCCAGAAAAUCCUCAGCGAUAUGAAUCAAUCAUUAAAAGAUGUAAUGAGUUAGGAUUGAUUGAAAGGUGUUUAAAAAUACAGUGCCGGAAUGCCACCAAUGAUGAGUUAUUAAUGAAACAUUCACAAAGCAUAAUAGACAAGUUAAAAUCUACUGAUAACACACAAUCAGUUGAUAUUUUACAAGCGUUGUCUUCUAAAUAUGAUGCAAUUUACUUUCACCCAUCUACGUAUAAGCAGUCUUUGUUAGCUACAGGUAGUUCAAUAGAACUUGUUAAAGCAAUUUGCGAAAAUAAAAUACAAAAUGGAAUGGCUUUUAUCAGACCUCCUGGACAUCAUGCUAUGAAAUCAGAAUUUUGUGGCUAUUGUUUUUUCAAUAAUGUUGCUAUAGCUGCAGAAUAUGUUCUUCGGCACUAUUCGGUUUCCAAAAUUUUAAUUGUUGAUUGGGAUGUUCAUCAUGGACAAGCUACACAACAAAUGUUUUAUGAUGAUCCAAGAGUCUUGUAUUUUUCUAUUCAUCGUUAUGAACAUGGACAGUUUUGGCCCAAUUUGCGUGAAAGUGAUUGGGACUUUACUGGUAAUGGUGAUGGCCAAGGUUUCAAUAUAAAUGUACCACUUAAUGCUACUGGUAUGAAAGACGCUGAUUACCUUGCUAUUUUUCAUCAAAUUUUAUUACCAGUCGCUUCAGAAUUCCAACCAGACCUUAUAUUAAUAUCAUCUGGUUAUGAUGCUGCUCUAGGAUGUCCUGAGGGAGAAAUGGAAGUUACUCCUGCAUGUUAUGCUCAUUUAGUUCGUUCUCUUAUGGGUUUUGCGUGUGGUAGAGUUGCUGUUUUACUGGAGGGUGGAUAUUGUUUGAAAUCAUUAGCAGAAGGAGCAGCAUUAACUUUAAAAUCAUUACUCGGAGACCCAUGUCCAUUGCUUGAUAUGACUAGCAAUCCUUGUAAUAGCAUUGUGCAAACAAUACAGAAUGUAAUUUUCGCACAUCAAAAAUACUGGAAAUGUUUUCAAGUUGACUUUUUAUUAAAUCAGUCAUUCAGGGCAGUAUCUAUGUAUUCAUACUAUGAGGAACCAUUAACUGUAUUUCCAACUUUUGACUGUUAUCCUACUCAAGAUAUCUCAAAAAUAGAUGAAAAUUCUGUUCUUCAACAUUUAAUUUCUGAGACCCAAUUAUUAAACAUAAAUAAUAAAGUUUGUGUUUCGUUUGAUCUGAUCAUGGACCAAAAACAUGAAAGCAGCGAAAGUGGUCAUCCAGAAUGCCCAGGAAGAAUAAGUGCAAUUUUAAAUAUGUUCAAUGAGUUUCAAUUGACUAAUAGGCUUUUAAUUUUGCCAUCGAGGGAAGCUGAAGAAAGUGAAUUACUUCUUGCUCAUUCUAAAGAACAUAUAGAUGAAAUGUCAAAUUUAUACAAACUGUCGCCAUCAGAAUUAAGUGAAAAAGAAAAAUGUUAUGAUUCUGUAUAUUUGACUACAGAUACAUAUAAAGUCUCGACACUAGCUUCUGGGUGUUUGUUGCAAGUAGUUGAUUCUGUAUUAAAUAAUGAAAGUGCAUCGGGCGUGGCUGUAAUUCGUCCUCCUGGGCAUCAUGCAGAACUUGAUAUUGCUUGUGGUUUCUGUAUCUUUAAUUCUGUUGCUAUUGCUGCAAGCUAUGCUUUAAAUAAAUAUGGUCUCAAAAGAAUUAUGAUUCUGGAUUGGGAUAUACAUUUUGGCAAUGGCACAAUGAGAGCAUUUAGUUCUGAUCCAAGAGUUUUAUAUAUAUCAAUACAUCGUUAUCAGAAUGCAAAAUUUUUUCCAUGCUCUGAAGAAGGCUCACAUAAGGUGACGGGUUCAGGGAGUGGAGAGGGAUAUACCAUUAAUAUACCCUGGAAUAAAAAUGGUAUGGGUGAUACUGAAUACAUUUCAGUUAUGCAAAAUAUAAUUUUACCAAUAGCCUAUGAAUUUUGUCCUGAACUUGUCUUGGUGUCAGCUGGAUUUGAUGCUGCAGUAGGAGAUCCACUUGGAGGUUGUAAGGUAACACCCGAAUGUUAUGGACAUCUCACACAUUUUUUAUCAUCCUUAGCCAAUGGUAAAGUCAUACUUGCCUUAGAAGGAGGUUACAAUAUUGAUGCAGUUUCAUAUUGUAUGACCAUGUGCACAAAAGCUUUGCUUGGCGACCCUCUACCACCUUUAGACCUGGAAUUUCCCAUUUGUAAAAACGCUCAGAAGACAAUAAAAAGAGUAGUUAAUGUACAAAAAAAUUAUUGGUCAUGUUUUAAGUUUUUCAAUUACGAAAGAACAAGUAAACACUCAUUCAGUGUUAAUGAUUAAAUGUCUUCAAUAGUUAUUGUUAUAUUGUUGAUCACUUAGUUUUAAUACUUUAGAUAAUUUUUGUAAUUUAAGUGUCAUGGUUUUUAAGUAUUUAUGUAUAUUGUUUAUGUAUAUUAUUUACUAGUAUUGUAUUUUUUUUCUCACUUAUGUUAUUUAAUUUUUGAUAUGCUUACUGAUUUCACUAUUAAAUAAAACUUUAGUUUCUAAUUAUUAUUAUCAUACAUUUAUAAGCAUUUACUUGAAUACCGUGACAUAAAAAACUAUUCACAAUAGUAUACAAUGUAAAAAAACAAACAUUUUGAGAAAAAAUCUAUCAAUUUGAAUUUGUCUUACAAACAUGAAAAACAUACUGAAAUAAAUAUUUGAUCAUUUAUUAAAGAUGUAACCAAAAUUUCUAAAUUGCAAUCUUUUGAAAAUUCAUCUUUGUAAUUCAAUGGAUAUUAAUAUUUAUUUAGUAUCCUUAAAAUAAAUAUCCUGUAUCCAUAAAUAUUCAUAUAAUUGAUGAUUAUUACUGAUAAAUCUUACUAUCAAUUAUGGUCUAUUUUGAUCUGUCAAAAGUUAAAAAAAAAGUUUUGUAAUUAUUUUUUAAAUUAAAAUAUUUUAUCAUUAUUAUUGGCAAUUUUCGAGUGUAGAGUUGUAUGAAAUUUUAUUUUUAUAUUUUUUGUAUUAUUUUAAUAAUGCUUUAAAUUAUAAUAGUUUCCGGAAAAUAAUAAAAUGAUUUUUAACAUAUUUGAUAGUUAUUACUUAUUACAUAUUUCAACAUAAUUCAAUAUUUUAUAAAAUAUGUUGAAAUGAUAAAUAAUUUAUGGACUGUUUUCCAAAUUUAAUAAAAGUGUAUAAUGAUAUUGUGUUGAGUAGAAAAUUCCAAUAAUAAUACGUUUUUAAACAAUAAUAAUAGUGAACAUACUGUUUUUUUGUUGAACUAAUAUCAAUCUUAUCGUUUCUGAUAGGUAAUAAACUUAAACUUGUUUAUAAUUUUGCAAUUUAAAUAAAAUUAUUAAUUGUUUUUCAUUAAAUACCUAAUUAAACUGUUAAAUUAAUUUUAUAACAAAUAAAUUAAUAAUUAUUAAAUAAACAAUUUAAUUAUGAAGAUUUUUGUUUACUAUUACCUAUUUUUUAUACAUAUAUUGCAUAUUUCCAUAAUUUCCACUGCAUAUAAUUCUUUUAAUGCCCAAAAAUCUAUGCUAAUUAUCUAUAAUAUACAAGUUUUAAACAUAUUUCAAAAUAAUAAAAUUAAUAGUACACAAUACAAUAUUUAGUAUAAAUUGACUCAGUUGUAAUUUUUUAUAAGCUAUAGAAACUACUUAACUAUGUAAAUAAGUAGGUAAUUAUUUUUAUUAAUUUUUUUUUUUUAUUAAAAUUAUUAAUAUUAUAUAACACGUCAAAAAUAAUUAUUACAUGAAUUUAUAAUUUAAUUUUCAUAUUUUAUAAUUAGUUCUCUGUAAAAUAUGGUUAUGUGGCACAAUAUUAGGUAAAAUUAAGACUAAUUUUGUCCAAAAUGUUUUUCUUACAUUGUUUAAAUUGUACAUAUGUUCUUAUAGCUAUUGUGGUAUUUUUAAAUACAAAUGUAAAUUAUCUGAUUGUAAUUUUUAUUUAUAAUUUUAUCAUAACUUAAUUCAAUAAUACUGCAUUGUUGUUAGACAUUUUAGUGUUAUAAAUAUACUUAUUUUUAUUAUUGAAA